AUGUCGGGGGUUCAUGUAGAAACCUUGGACCGACCCAGUAUCUCCAAACCUUAUUCAGAGAUUUUCGCCAUUAACCAGCUCCCACCACCUUCUUGGAUGGAUCCCUUUAUCAAGUAUCUCACGGUGGGAGAGCUCCGAGAGGACAAAGCUGAGGCAAAGCGCCUGUGCCACAGGGCUACCUUAUAUAUGAUUCGAGAUGGACAACUCUUCUGGAGGGGUCAAUCUUUCCCCCAACUCCAGUGUUUGGCCCCAAAGCAGGGACGUCAGGUGUUGACAGAGUUGCAUAGCGGAGUGUGCGGUAACCACGUCGGGACAAGGAAUUUGGCAUUUAAGGCCCUUCAAACUGGAUACUACUGGCCCACCAUGAAGGCAAACUCCAAGGCUAUAGUCGGGAUGUGCGUACAAUGUCACGAAUAUGCCAACUACUUCAACCGCCCUUCAGUCCCACUUUCUGUCAUUGUGUCUCCAGUCCCAUUUGCACAGUGGGGACUUGACCUCAUUGGAGAAUUGUCAACCGCCCAGUGA